AUGCCAAGCAGGACGUCUACUACGGAGGAAGAUGGGUCUGAUCAAAUUGGUUAUGACUCCCCACGCUCUGGCAUCGCUACGCCUCAGCCUGACCUCCACGACAAGCGACUACCGGGUAUUAUGAGUUACUUUGGCCAGGUUCGUUGUACCCCUCUACCCUAUUCCCUUGGCCGCUCGUCUUCCUCCCGAACACAAGAGACUGAGUCGACCUACCCUUCAUGUCCCCAGGAAGAGAAGGAUGCGCGCACCGUACCUCAACAACUGCCGAGCUCUCGAUCGGAUUUGAGCAGCAAGGACCUCACGCCUGAUAUUUCGCCUCUCCUUCCACAUGAGAGGAUCGAACCGCUGGCAAAAGUGCAGUCCUCGCAGCAAUCAGCUUCCGAUAUUCAUCCCUAUCCUACGCCUCCUUGUUCACAAACACCGUCAGAAAGGGGAGGCAAGUUGUCUGAUUCGAGUGGCGAUUCCGACGCGGCCGCUAGCGGCUCAUCGAAUCGUUCUUCAAUGAACAACAAGAGCGCCACAGAUCUCUCGCAGCUGAAAGUUCGGAGGGCCACUUUGGCAUCCCCCCUUACGAGCAUUGUCACUACAUCUAGCGUUCUCGCGAGUCACCUCUCUAUCCCUAGCGACCGUACCUCUACAACAACACCAAGUUCUCCCUCGGAUACCCAACCCCCUACAGGCGAUGUUGGCAGUUUUUUCUCUAAGUCUGCUUCGAUUGAUCGACUCAAGAAGCUAACUGAUGGAUCGAAAAAGAGCGGUCCCUCGACACCUACUAGAACGCUCUCGGCUACCCAUCCGUCCCAACCCGAGGAGAGGUCACCCUCAAAGCUUAGCGGAGAUGGCUCGGAUGCAGGUGGUAGGCAGACACCGGUCUCCUCCGCGAGUGGUGCCGCCGCGCCACCGCAGAGGGGCAAGCUCACUAUUAAGAUUCUGGAGGCAAGGGGCUUACGAAAGAGCCGCGACCCCUACGUCGUUGCCGUAUUCCAAAGGAGCGAACUGAUCUCUCACGGACCGCGAACAUUCGAGGACGAGGACGAGUCAGUACCUCAGCCGGUUGCGAUGGGCGGUAUUCCCAUCCAGCGCCAAGGCAGCGAUCCCGGUCGUGCGAUGGCAAUCCCCAUGCGCAGUCGCCAGAGCAGUAAUACUAGUAUUUCGGAUUAUAAUACUUUCCGCAAUCGCCCGCGGCGAUCGUUUACAAGUCCAAAGUGGGAUGCCGAGGCAUUAUUUGAUGUUGUUGAUAAAGACAUGCUAGUGGACAUCUCGAUUUACGACCACAGCACACAGGGAGAUGAGUUCCUAGGUCACGUUGACUUCCAAGCAGCUAUUCCUGGAAAAGAUGAGCCUGUGCGAGGUUGGUUCCCGUUAAGAGGAAAUAUCGACACGAAACCCGAUAAGACACCCACCGGCGAGAUAUUCGUUGAGGCCAUCUACCAGAGAACGGAAAAGAGGCAUUACGGCCCGGAUGAUUUCCAAAUUUUACGAUUGAUCGGAAAGGGUACAUUCGGCCAAGUUUAUCAAGUGCGAAAGAAGGAUACCGGCCGGAUAUAUGCCAUGAAGGUCUUGUCGAAGAAGGUCAUCGUGCAGAAGAAAGAGGUGGCACAUACAGUUGGGGAGCGGAACAUCCUGGUCCGGACAGCCAUGUCAGAGUCUCCAUUUAUCGUCGGUUUGAAGUUCUCCUUCCAAACCCAGAACGACCUCUUCCUUGUCACAGAUUAUAUGUCUGGUGGCGAGCUCUUCUGGCAUCUUCAAAAGGAGGGACGAUUUGACGAGAAGCGAGCUAAAUUUUACAUUGCGGAACUCAUCCUCGCUAUCCAACAUCUGCAUAAUAACGAUAUCGUUUACCGCGACUUGAAGCCUGAGAAUAUUCUACUCGACGCGAAUGGCCACAUAGCCUUGUGCGACUUUGGUUUGUCCAAAGCAAACUUAACUCAAAACGACACCACCAACACAUUCUGCGGAACUACCGAGUACCUGGCCCCGGAGGUUUUACUGGAUGAAGCUGGAUACACGAAGAUGGUAGACUUUUGGUCCCUUGGCGUCCUCGUGUUCGAAAUGUGCUGCGGAUGGAGUCCCUUCUACGCUGAAGAUACGCAGCAGAUGUACAAGAACAUCGCAUUCGGCAAAGUACGAUUUCCGCGAGACACACUUUCGCAGGAAGGCAGAAACUUUGUGAAGGGCUUACUUAACAGGAACCCGAAACAUCGACUAGGUGCCAUCGAUGACGCAGAAGAAUUGAAGCGCCAUCCGUUCUUCGCCGAUGUGGACUGGGAUAUCUUGGCCAAGAAACUUAUAACCCCGCCUUUCAAGCCUAAGUUGAAGUCUGAGACGGAUGUCUCUUACUUUGACCCAGAGUUCACAAAUGCACUAAACACGAAUGGAUCAUUGAACGAACGUGCGCAGCAGUUAGCCACGGGCUUUGCCACGUCAACUCCCCUUUCUCCGACCACGCAGGCGAAUUUCCAAGGCUUCACGUUUGUCGACGAGAGCUCACUAGACGAUCACAUGAAAGGAAGGUACAUUGACGAGGACAUGGAUGACGUAGAUCGUCGAGAUAACGACUGGGACGACCUUGACGACAUUGAUCUCCGAAAAUCAAAUAGGAUGAGUGGAAUCGUUAAGACGGGCAAUAACGAUGAACCGUUUGGUGAAUCCCACUUCGACAUAUGA